AUGCAUGUGCUAGCAUGCUAUAGAAUGGCUUCGCUGUACGUGGGCGACCUGCACCCUGAGGUGACGGAGGCAAUGCUGUACGAGAAGUUCAGCCCGGCCGGGCCCAUCCUCUCCAUCCGCAUUUGCAGGGACAAGAUCACCCGCCGCUCGUUGGGCUAUGCGUAUGUCAACUACCAGCAACCGGUGGACGCCAAGCGGGCCCUGGAGACCCUGAACUUUGAUGUCAUCAAGGGCAGGCCAGUGCGCAUCAUGUGGUCCCAGCGGGACCCCUCGCUCCGCAAGAGCGGGGUGGGCAACGUCUUCAUCAAGAACCUGGGCAAAACCAUCGACAACAAGGCGCUGUACAACAUCUUCUCGGCGUUCGGCAACAUCCUCUCCUGCAAAGUGGCCUGCGACGAAAAGGGGCCCAAGGGCUACGGGUUCGUGCACUUCCAGAAGCAGGAGUCCGCCGAGCGGGCCAUCGAUGCAAUGAAUGGCAUGUUCCUGAACUACCGCAAAAUUUUCGUUGGGAGAUUCAAGUCGCAUAAGGAACGAGAGGCCGAAAGGGGAGCCUGGGCCAGGCAGUCCACCAGUGCUGACGUCAAGGAUUUCGAGGAAGACACCGACGAGGAGGCCACCUUGCGAUGAAGA